AUGGAAUCGAAGGGUUUUGCCAUCAUCAGCCCCAGUUCGGUCCGCAUGCGCCUGUGGCGCGUGGUGGGGGGCUGCGACAGCGGUGGCCUCGUGGUGCGGGAUGGGCGCGACCUGGAAAGUGGAGCGAUGGAGGAACGCUUGCAGCAUGGGGCUACCGUGGAAGAACUGCAGGUCGUAGGAAGCCGCUUGCACUACAAGAAGCGCAGUGGUAACGGUCCUGCCAUGGGAUGGGUCAGCAUCCUGGCGGGUGGGAAGAGGCUGCUGGAGGAAGCUUCGGAACACGAUUGGCCCCUGCUGGUACAACAGGAGGACCUCUGGGCACUGGAGUUGAGUGAGGAGGUGUAUGAGGUGAUGAGGAAGAAGAUUACGGAACCACGUGGCAAAGGGAAGUACAAUGCCUUCUUCCCUUCCUACGGGCAUUUCCGUUGCGCAGCAUGUGCCACGCCACUCUACUCCUUUCAGGGCAAGAUGAAGAAUGGCUGUGGGUGGGCAGCAUUUUCGAGAUGCCUCGCCAUGGAUUUCGAUGAAUCUUUGGCCUCUGUGGUUGCGCAAGUGGAUUGGGUCUCUGGUGGCCGUGAGAUCCUGUGUCGCAGUUGCGGAGGGCACCUGGGUCAUGUCUUUAUGGAUGGCCAGUGCCUGGGUGGGGAUGGCCCUGAACGGCACUGUGUGAACUCCAUGGCCCUGGUUUAUGUGGAAGAAGAGACUGCCCUGAACGAAGUUUGUUGCGACCUGCGCAGAUUUCACGAACAGCUGCGAGAUCACAGUAACGAUGGCAGCUACUCUGGUGUCAUGGACGCAUCAUCCAUCUGGCAGUCGCCCUGCAAAGCGAUGCGUUGA